AUGGACGUAGUUUACAGAGGCGAUUCACGCCAUUCAAAUUUUACGCAUAUUAGUAAACAAAAUCAGUACCCACCCCAAAGGAAUCGUAGUGACGGUGGUUGGUGGAACCAUCCGUCCGCGCCACGACAUAAUACGGUGCCUGCGCGCGGAACAUACUCAAAUGGAAAUGUGUAUGACGGUAGGAACAACCGCAGAAAUUCGUGGAAUAAUAAUAACAACAAUAAUUAUCACCCAUAUCAAAAUGGUAACUACAUGCAAAAUGAAAAUCACAGACAGUACAACAACAACAAUAACAGGAGACGUGAGAAUAACCGGUACAACCCGGGCUACUUUGACAGGAACAUGACAUAUAACAGACAUAAUUACCACCAGAACAACAACAAUCCCAACAAUCACCGACAGAAUAUGUGGAACACACAAAAUUCACGCAUGACAAAUCAUAACCCUCCAUGGAAUCCGCCGCCGUUCCCCGGUACAGUUUUGCACUCCCCGCCACGAAGCAGCAAUAAAAAUUGUGGCGCGCCAUCAGCUGACGCGUGGGCGCCAACCGGCCGGAAUGUAAACAUAGUGGAGCUGGUCAUUGAACCCGGCCAAACACAGCAGACGACGGAAAACAGUCGACGACUGAGCUAA